GGAAGUUUCUCCGCAUUCUUGCCAUACACACACACAAACCUACACACACACACACACACACAGAGAGAGAGAGAGAGCUGGGAAGAAGAAGCUCACACUCGGGGCUGGCAGGACUCUGGAGGGGGAGUGGGCCUGCCGUAGGACUGGAGAGCAGAACCUCAACAUCCACACCCCACCAGCCUCACCAUGAGCACGGUAGGUGGUGAUGGUGAUGAUGGCGGCUGCGGAGGCGACGCGGCUCAGAAGACGCAGUGGCCGGGCAGCCUGAGUGAUGGCGGCAUGGGGCCCGGCUGGACCAAGGUGAGCUGCCCCUGCUGUGUGUCGGAGCGGGUCGAGCCCCUGGUGCUGGUCCAGCUUGGAGACCAGGUCCGCCCCGAGACCAAGAAGUGGCUCAUCAGACUCAUUGGAGCUCCGGUGAAGGAUGGAGGUGCUGCGUUAUUGGCCCACCCGGGCGAGGAUGCCUGCGGUGACAUCAUCGUGGUCUCUGCCCCAAAGUGCACUUUACUCCGAGCCACAGAGGAGCUGGGCCUGUGUAAGCCUUAUCGCAGCGGGGACAUGGCAGCCUUCUCCUACCAUGACCGCGACAACUUCAAAGACUCAGACAACAUGGAGGUCUUCCUGACCCUGGCGGAGCGACAGCACAUAGUGAAGUAUGAGCUGGACGGUGUGCGGGCGCAGAGGGACCUGAGGAUACCCGGGCUGCCCGACAGCCUCGCCCUGCAGCAGCGCGACAACAUCUGGAGUAAGCUGGAGCACGCUGGUGUGAUUUUGGACACGCUUCCCCUCCACCACCAGGACAAACUCAAGGCUCUCAGUAAAGCCUGGUACUCAGGGAACCAGCUGACUCAGCCUCUGGAUGAGGUCCACUCAUAUUUUGGAGGUACGGUGGCCUUCUACUUCAGCUUCCUCGAGUUCUACACCUGGUCUCUGCUCCCGCCGGCCGUACUGGGCGUGGCCAUCACGUACUUCUCAGGUGCGGUUGAAAAGGAGGCGGUGGACUCAGUCUCGGGGUCAGACGUCCCGAGUGAUGAGGAGGGCUCGGUGAGCGGUCACAUGGUCCAGGCUGUCUUCAGCAUGCUGUGGUCCACGGUUGUCAUGGAGCUGUGGAAGCGUCGCAGUGCCUCCCUCUCCUACCGCUGGGGAUCCUUCCACCUCGCCGAGCGCUUUGCCGAGCCACGACCCGGUUUCCAUGGCGACAUGGGGGUCAACCCCGUCACGGGCCGCGUGGAGCCGCUGUUCCCCGAUUGGAAGAGGAACCUGCGCAUUGCCGUGGCAUCAGUCCCCGUGGUGUGCCUGUUUCUAGGUCUGGUGGUGCUGGGGAUGCUUGGUUUCUACUGGGGGGAGGCCCAGGUGCAGCAGCUGCACCAGGACUGGGAUUCCCUGCUGUCUCAGACUUUGCUCUACUUGCCCUCUGUGGCCCACAUCGUCUAUACAAACAUACUGGCCACUGUCUACAAGACAGCGGCCCAGUCCCUGACUGAAUUUGAGAACCACAGGGAGGAGUCAGCCUUCCAGAACCAUCUAACGGGCAAAGUCCUGGUGUUCACCUUCUUCAACUACUUUGCUGUGCUCUUCCAUAUCGCCUUCUACAAGCAGGACCUCCCUCUGCUUCGCAAGCGUCUGGCUUCCCUGCUGGUGGUGACGCAGCUGGUGAACCAGGUAACCGAGGUGGUCGUCCCCUUCCUGGUGGACCACUUUAUCAGCGCCCCCCACAGGACUGAGAGGGAAGACGACCCAGAGGAGGACAAACUCAGGAGGCAGCGCAAACUGCCCGCUUUCCCUGGCCUGUUUGUGGAGUACAUUGAGCUCCUGGUGCAGUUUGGGUAUUUGAGCCUCUUCUCCUGCGUGUAUCCUCUGACGGCCGUGCUGCUGCUCCUCAACAACCUGACAGAGAUACGAUCAGACGCCUUCAAGAUCUGCAAGCUCUUCCGCAAGCCGUUCUCUGCCCCUGUGGCUGGCAUGGGCGUCUGGCAGAUAGCGUUUGAGAUUCUGAGCUUCGUCUCUGUUAUUUCCAACUGCUGGCUGCUGCUGCUGUCACCGCGGAUGCGAGAGUUAAGUCAGGAGGCCGGGAUCAGCGGCACCAACAGCCUGCUGCUGGCUGUGCUGCUGGAGCACAUCCUGAUUGUAACCAAGAUGGUGCUGGCCUGCCUGAUCCCAGAUGAGCCCGACUGGCUCCGGAAGAAGAGAGAACACAUCGAGUUCACAUCCAUGCGGGCGCUGGGACAGCAGAAGCAGCUGUCUGAAGAGUCCUGAUGGAUCUGCAGACGAACCUGGACUGUUCCUCUCAGAACCAGGACCUCACUGCUGUCUGCACUCAGAGCCGAGGAGAGGGGAAGCUCCACUUCACAUACUGCUGAGUUUUUAAAGUGUGUGUGUGUGUGUGUGUGUGUGUGUGUGUGUGUGUGUGUGUGUGUGUGUGCUGCUGUCACAAAUGAAUGGUGCUUAUGCAAAACACGCUAUCUGAACUGCACCUAUAUUACAGGUACCUGUACACUGCAAGUGCAAUUGUGCAAUUGAAACAGCAACAGAGAAGUGCUUUGUAUUUUGUUUUGUUUGUAUUUAUGUGUACAGAUGCCCCUUAACGAUGCUUAUGGUUCUUUUGUCGAGGGAUUUGUUCAUAUUUGAUGAGGGAAAGUGAGGAUGGAAAGUGGCCUUUCCGCUCCUGUUUCCCUUUAAAAUCUUUAUUUAAUGAGGGAUAGGCGAGGUGUAUAUUGUUGAUUGCUCGUGGUGAACAGUUGGUGAUGCGAAGUUAAAGCAGCAGAGGACAUUAUCGUCAUGGCGAUGACCAUCCACAGACAAACAGCAAGCAAACAUAAACACAAAUUAGUCUUUAUUUUCAGUAAAAUGAUAACUCUCAAAUGAGAAAAAAAGCAUUAUAUUGCAGUCAGUUUGGUCAGAGUCUCAGUCUACAGUGUUCAGCACAAAUAAUGAUCGGUGGAUAAAAGUGUCAUAUUACAUUAUAAAUUAUAUUUUAUUUAAAAUAAGUGGGAACUGCACCCAUAUCACCGGACGUCAGAGUGUCAGGAGAGCGACCAUGAAGCUUUUUAUCAUGAGGGAGUUUGCUUGUGUUUUUGUUUUCUAUGUCUGCUGUUGCGUGACGUUAAAUACAUGCUAAGACAUACACUGUGCAAAUUUGAUCCCAAAGUAUAACACUUUAAUUAUGCCUUAUUAGACUGUUGAAAUCUUUGCACUUGUGGCCUUAUUUCUGGCUCCUGGGACAGUGCUGUCCUCUCCUCACUUUUCCUCCCUGAAUAAUCAUAGUAUGACUGUGGGAAAAUGUUUAAGGCCUGAGUUUACGCAACCUUUUGCUGUGUAGACUGGCCUACAAAAAAAAAAAAAAAAAAAAAAAAAAAAA